AUGCAGGUAACAUUUGGCCAAGCAUCCUACAUCACAGGGCUUCUUAUCCAGGGUGGACCGGAGAGCCAGGGAACUUGGAUCUCAUCUCUCAUUGUCGGAUUCGAUGACCUAACCGAAAUCAGACGUCAAAAGGAGUGGGAUCCGAGAGACAUUUCAAUGGUUCUAUUUAAUCGUCCUCGUUUAAGUGAAUACUUAAGAAUUCAACCUGUCUCAAAGAGCGCAGAACUGAUCUCUAUUCGCUUGGAAGUACUUGGUUGCAAGAAUGACUGCCAUUUUGAUUUGGGCGUGUCAUCUGGACACCUACCAUCCUCCAAUAUCCGGGUCCCAUACCAUUUCAACCAAUCAGGAGUUCAGAGCGACGACGUCAGAAUGAAACCAUCCAAUCAUUACCCGCCAAAUGAAUGGCUAGGUCAAUUACCCGAGGACGAUGAAAACUUUAUCGAAGUGAUUUUCCAAGAAGACGUUUUGGUCCGUAACGCUAUUAUCCAACAGUGCAAUGGAUCUAGAAUCAUAUUAUUCAGUGUUGAUGCUUUCCAAGGCAAUGUCACAAUUUCGGCCGAUUUUGAUAUUUCGGACUGUUUUUCUUCAGCCUGUAAAGUCUCGACAAGAUGGACUGAAAGUGCCGACCAAUAUAAGAUCAUCCCAACGAGAUGGGAAGGGGAUUUAUGCUUUCGAUUUGAACUUCUCGGAUGUACUAGCGUAGACUGUUCCACCUCGUAUUGUAAUCUUGGUAAUCAUGGCAAAGGGAGCUGUUCGUCGGGUUCCCUCUCGAAGAGUGCUCAGGAAUUCACUGGAAAUCUCUCCAUAUCACUUCCUCCUCGCGCACAGUGCCAGGCCAAUAUCACCGCACCAAUGGAUGCCUAUGUCUCUUUCAUCUUUGAUGGCUUUGACGACGUGAAAGAUAUCAAGAAAAUCUCAGACGGGGUUCUGAUAUUACAUGACCCGGAAACACAAUCAAAGACAAACUUUGACCUCGCCCAGGUUCCUCCGGUUGACAUUUCCACCUCGUCUCAUCUCAACCUGAAAAUUCUAUCAGGUCUCUUGACCGCUACAUCAGAUGUCAUUGCUUCUUUUGGAUAUGUAGAUAAACCAGGCUGCAAGGGAAAAGAAACUGACACUGUCCACUCAUGCACAGAGAGCACUGGUCUUUUCUUCUCACCAAACUACUUCGACCUUUACCCUCCAAACCUCGACCGUUCCUGGGAGAUCAGUACCCGGCCUUGGUCCCAAAUCAUCCUCCGUUUCAUCGAAUUCGACGUCGCUUCGCUCGAUGAGCGGUGCCAAGAGGACUUUGUGGUUGUCACUGACGUAUCGAAUUCGGCAAUCAUCGGGCGCUUCUGCAGUCAGGCACCUCCGUCGGGCGACUACAUGUCUUCUUUAAACAGGAUGCGUCUUUAUUUUCACUCUGAUGGCAUUGAAGGUGGCGCGGGAUUCUUGGCAGAAUAUGAUACAGGGCAUCUGAUACCUGAUGUGUUCUCGGCAUCUAAUUUUACCAAUGAAUCUUGUCAGACGGGUUGGGACUACUUCCGGCGAUCCUGCUAUAGGCUCUUUGUCAGCUCUGACGUCAUAACAUGGAACGAGGCAGAGGCAGAAUGUGAAACCGUAGAGGACGCACACUUGAUCAGUAUUCACGAUAAGGAUGAGAUGACGAUGCUGCACUAUAUGAUCUCAACUCAGUGGCAGACUGCAGAUACAAAGACGUACAUAGGCAAGUUUGAUUAUUUCAGAAAAGAUACCAAUCUGGGCUAA